AAAAAAGGACACUAUGAAACCUCUUCCGGCACUUUUCUAUUGUAAUUUAUGUGUUUAACAGGACGAAGUAAGGUGGGCAAACCGCUAUAAAAAACAGACGCCGGGACUUGAACGCACCCUCUUGACUUCCUCUUUCUGGUUACCUCAGCGCCGGGAUGCAUUUGACUGUGCCUGUGUUCGCAUCUACGCUCCUCAUUGCCACCGUUGCCUUGGACAACGGGUUGAUGAGGAGACCCCCGAUGGGCUGGUUGGCGUGGGAACGGUUCCGCUGCGACAUUGACUGCGAACACGACCCAAAAAACUGCAUCAGUGAGAAGUUGUUCACCGACAUGGCCGACAGACUGUCAGAGGAUGGCUGGCGGGAGCUGGGCUACGUUUAUGUCAACAUCGAUGACUGCUGGGCGUCCAUGCAGAGGGACGAGCACGGGCGGCUCCGGGCUGACCCAAAGAGGUUCCCUGGUGGAAUCAGCCGGCUGUCCCGCUACAUGCAUGAUCGUGGACUCAAGCUGGGCAUCUACGGUGACAUGGGCACGCACACUUGCGGGGGCUACCCUGGCACGCCGCUGAACAAGAUUGAGAUCGACGCUCAGACGUUUGCCGACUGGGAGGUGGACAUGUUGAAGUUUGAUGGCUGCUAUUCCAACGCCACUGAGCAAGAACAAGGCUACCCUCAAAUGUCCAAGGCUUUGAACGCAACGGGUCGUCCCAUUGCCUACUCCUGCAGCUGGCCCGCCUACCAAGGUGGGCUGCCACCCAAGGUGGAUUACAAUCUGUUGGCCAAGACCUGCAACCUGUGGCGCAACUAUGGCGACAUUCAGGACUCAUGGGAAAGUGUCUUGAACAUUGUGGAUUGGUUUUUUGAAAACCAGGAGGUCCUGAUUGCUGUGGCCGGGCCGGGAAGAUGGAACGACCCGGAUAUGCUCAUCAUUGGCGACUUUGGCCUCAGCAUGGAUCAGUCCCGCGCACAGAUGGCUUUCUGGGCAAUCAUGGCCGCUCCCCUCUUUAUGUCCAAUGACCUGCGCAGCAUCAGCGGAGGGGCUCGCAACAUCCUGCAGAACAAAAUGGCCAUCGGGAUCAACCAGGACCCUCUGGGCCUUCAGGGGCGACGCAUACUUAAGGAGAAGAGCGGCAUUGAGGUGUUUUGGCGGCAGUUGUCCAACGACGCCAGCGCCUUGGUGUUCUUCAGUCGCCGCACUGACAUGCCGUAUCGCUACCAGACCGCCCUCGGCAAACUGAACUACACCACAGGCAGCUACAAGGUACAUGACGUCUUCUCCGAGACGACCAUGACCCUGAAGGAGUCCACCAGCUUCGUGGUGUCCGUGAACCCCACAGGUGUGGUCAUGUGGUACGUCUCUGCGCCCGCCAAAGCCAACCGCCUCCAUCAGUUUCUUAGUAACGCCCGACUGCGAGGACUUGCCCGGGACGACCUGAGCAACGUCAUUCCGCCUGUCUUCCUCUAAAACGGCGUCAGGAUGUUAAUCCCCGAUGGACUGUCAAGACCAUGUGAUUUGAAAUGACCUCCAUCUACUUGACUGAAGUUGACCUGGCUUUAUAAUUAUGCAACACCAUGAAGUCCGAGUUCUGCACAUUUAGUAUGAACUAAUGUGAUCAAUUGUUUUCUUCUGAUUUUUUUAGUUUGAGCUGCUGAUCGCCCAUCUAAAAAUGUUGGUUUGGGCAUUUUAAAAGAAUACAAUAUAUUUGUUUUACUGUAAAUGCUCUAAUUUUAGCCGGGGUGUGCAGCUAUGUAACGUGCAGAGGCGGUUGUAUUCUAAAUAUGAAAAAAAAUAAAUAAUUUUAAUUGAUUUUUUCAGAUUAUUAAAGCAAGUGGAAAGAAAAAACACAGCUCUCUUUGACCACGUGGCCAUGAACAAAUGUCAUGCAGCAACAUAACCAAUGUCGUAAUUGCGGUAAGGUGAAAACUGCUCAGCAUUGAUAGCGCUGAUGAUGGCUAAGUAGCGCUAACAUAGUUAAAAGCUACUGGAUGCUGACAACUCGUGAUUCUUCAAAUGCAACAAUUUUGUGAAGUUUCUAAAAACAACAUUGGGAGGUUGCCCACAGCCACAGCUGCUGAUGCCAAUGUUUUUUGAUCCAAUUUGAGUUAUUUGUGUUUGUAGUCCACACACUCGGUGCCUCUAAGAGUCAUGGCUGUUAAUUGAGUGGGGGUGUUGAUUGGAGUAUUUACGGUAAAAAUACUUAUCUUUGUAUUGUGUAAAUGUUGAAUAAAUAAAUAGAUACAUCAUAAACAAAGAA